CUUACGGGGGAAAGUUUCAGGAAGUAGAGAAACUCAACGCUCUUCUGCUUUCAAACACAAUCACAAACCUCUUUACAGUCUGAUUUACCGAACAAAUCCGUUAAAUGUGUAAAAGUCGCGGGAAUAAUCAGCUGUGAGACGGAGAAAAGUGUAUUUUGGAGGUCAGAUCCAGUCUUACAGCAGCAGGGGGUGUGUGUGUGUGUGUGAGGGGCCAUCAUGAGCCGUCCGCCCUCCAUGCAGCCACAGACGUGCGGCCCCUGGGAACUUAAGGAGCGACUGGGAACCGGAGGAUUUGGCAACGUCACUCUCUGGCAAAAUAAGGAGACCAGCAUUCAGAUCGCCAUCAAACAGUGUCGACAGGAGCUCAGUGUCAAGAACAAGGGCAGAUGGAGUUUAGAGAUUCAGAUCAUGAAGAGGUUGACUCAUAUGAAUGUGGUUGCGGCGAGAGAUGUUCCUGAAGAGCUCCAGAAACUGGCCACAAAUGACCUGCCAUUGCUGGCCAUGGAGUUCUGCCAGGGAGGAGACCUACGCAAGUAUCUGAACCUGGUUGAGAACUGCUGCGGUAUGAGGGAAGCUGCUGUACUGACCCUCAUUCAAGAUAUAUCCUCAGCGCUGACGUACCUCCAUGGCAUGAGAAUAAUACACAGAGACCUCAAACCAGAAAACAUCGUCCUUCAACAGGGAGAAAAAAGGUUGGUUCAUAAGAUCAUAGAUCUGGGUUACGCCAAAGAGCUGGACCAGAGCAGCCUGUGCACAUCGUUUGUAGGGACACUGCAGUAUUUGGCCCCGGAGCUGUUGGAGCAGCAGAAGUACACUGUGGCUGUGGAUUACUGGAGUUUCGGGACACUGGUUUUUGAGUGCAUCACAGGAUUCAGGCCUUUUCUACCAACCUGGCAACCCGUUCAAUGGCACAGCAAACUCCAGCAGAAACAUGUGGAUGAUAUUGUGGUUUAUGAGGAUCUGGGUGGAGAGGUUCGAUACUCUAAACACCUACCAAACCCUCAUAACCUCAACAAACUGUUAGCUGGUGAGCUGGAGCGCUGGCUGCAGAUGAUGCUGAGAUGGUCACCUAAAGAGCGAGGAAAAGACUUAAAACAGCGCAACAAAGAGAGUCAGGAGACGCCCAAAGAUGCAGAAGAGGAGAGUAAAGAAACCAGUCCAGAGGGUGCCAAAGAUGCUCCAAAAGCCCCCUGCUUCUGCUUUGAUGAAUUAAGCCACAUUCUCAAUCUAAAGCUCGUCCAUGUGCUUAACAUGACCUCUGCUGAAAUAUUCAACUACUCAGUGCAGCCGGAGGACGACGUGGCUUCCCUGCAGGAGCGAAUCGCACAAGACACUGGCAUUCCUCCAGCCAAUCAGGAGCUGCUGCUGGAGGCGGGACUUGCACUUGAGCCGCAAAACAGCGUCAUGCAGUGUGCCAUCGAUUAUAGUUUGAUGGACAAUCGGCGAGCAGAUGAGCCACUGGUUUUCCUGUUUGACCGUUCGUGCUGCAGCUACGAGCCUCAGUUUACGCCGCGCGUCCUCCCUGAGAACAUCCGAUUCGUUCAAAAUGAGCCCAAACGUCCUCUGCCCUACAGCUCUCAGAGACGCACGUGGGGUCAAGCGUGGCACACCAUACGAGCGCUGAAAGAAGACUGGCAGAGGCUGCAGCAAGGCCAGAAAGUAGCCAUCAUGAGUCUCCUCAGACAUAACGGCACACUGUCAAAGCAGAAGAACGAGAUGGUGUCCAUGCACCAGAGGUUAAAAGCCACGCUGGAUUUCUUCGGCGCUAGUCUACACGUCGACAUCAGCAAAUACCAGGAGCAGAGAGCCACAGGAAUAGCUUCUGAAAAACUGCUGAGUGUGUGGAGAGAAAUGGAGCAAACGGCCCUCGACUGUGGCCAGACAGAAGACGUGUUUAAGCUGGAGGAGGAGAUGAUGACCCUUCAGACUGAUAUUGUGGAUCUGCAGAGACAGCCGUGGAGGAGUGGAGAGGCUCUAGAGACGCUUGAAGUGAAGGCCAUGGAGCUCUUCCGUAAACUCAGAGAGAAACCCAGAGAGCAGCGCAGUAUGGGCGACUGUCAGGAGGUCAUCAAACUGGUGGUUCAAGCCGUGCAGUUCUACGAGAGGAAGUUACGGGACUUUUACACACACCUGAGUAAGACGAUGGUGUGCCGUCAGCGCGUUCUGGCUCUGCUGCCGCGUGUUGAAGGGCUGGUGAGCGCCAUGGCGAGGAGCGAGAAACAACUGCUGCAUUUACAGGAGAAGCGACAGAAGGAGCUCUGGAACCUGCUCAAAGUGGCCUGCAGUAAAGUUCGCAGUCCAGUGAGUGGCAGUCCAGACGGAGGGCGAACUCCACCGGCCCCUACACCCCAGCUGAUGUCCCACAGACCCUCACAUCCCAGCAGCCCCCCAUCAGACGGCCCACACACCGAGGAGUCUCUGCAUGUGAUUGAGGAAAGCAGGAUAUUUGAGAACCGCCUGCAGAGUUUAGUGCAAGACACCAUUCAGGAGACGGAGAGCAGCAUGCAGAUUCUGCGGGAGUGGGAGUGGCUGAACGGAGGACAGGAUCUGGCUUGAUGGCAAAUGAAAAAUCAAAUGAAAACUGUAGUCAGACAAUCAACUUAGUUCCUCAAGAGCCACAAAAAUAAGCACAUGAUGCUCUACUGCCACCUGCUGGAGAAACUCUGUGUGUGUGUGUGCUCUCAAAUCACACUGGAGUCUUUCUGAAGGCACUUCUGAAGGCACUUCUGUGGCACUUCUGUGGUUAUGCAGGUUUUUAUUCCUCUUGUUGUCAUACAUCUACACACUUAACUAUUUUCCAGCUUGCCUGAUGGUUUUUUUCUGCCGUCUGCUUUGCACUUUUCACGUUCAUCAUGUGUUUCUGUUCUAUUAAUGUCAGUGACUGUGUUUACAUGGACAUCAGUAAUGGAAUUAUUAGCCUUAAUCUGAAUAAGACAGUAAUAUGAUAAAGGUGUUUACAUGAGUUGCUUGAUCCAGUUUAACAUGUUAUAGCACAUAGAUUGAUUAACGUCAUUGCGUCUCCGCGCCAUCCACAUUUCCUACGGAGUUUCUGUAAUUUCGGGUGUUUCAUUUUUAAUUUGUGGACUUUAAUUGCAGUUCCACUUUCAUUCAGGAACAUUUCAUGCAUGCCCUCCGUGACAAACCAGAUAUUGGAUGUGAGGAACUGCUGGAAGAGUCUAGUUUUAAUGGAGUUUGAUACCAUGCUUAAUGCUACUUAAUGCUCACAAACCAUUCACAUGGCCUCCAUUUCCCAGGUGGGUAAAAUUCUCUACUUGUAUACCAUCUCUAUAAAUGUAUUUGUUUUAUUUGGGAUAAUUUAUCAUUUACAUUUGCCUUCAGAACCAUAAAGCACUCCAGACUCUGACGGAUUGAUUAGCUGUAGGCUCUAGAACAGUCAUCUGGGGUCCGUUCUUCGUACGUGGAUUACUCAGUUAGCUGGAUUUGGAUAUUGACGAUUUGACAUGAUCCAGGAUC